AUGAACGAGAAGGACGAGGAGAAGAAGAAGAAGAAGAAGAAGAAGCGCGAGAAAAAGGCGGACCCGGAGAAAUGGAACGAGAUGAACGAGAAGGACGAGGAGAAGAAGAAGAAGAAGAAGAAGAAGAAGCGCGAGAAAAAGGCGGUAGCGGUCGCGGUCGCGGUCGUCCUCGCGGUCGUCCUCGCCUCAAAGACGUGGUGGCGGCGGCGGCGCCUCGUUUCGCCGACGGACCCGGAGAAACGGAACGAGACGAACGAAAAGGACGAGAAGAACGAGGAGGAGAAGAAGAAGAAGAAGAAGCGCGAGAAAAAGGCGGUAGCGGUCGCGGUCGUCCUCGCGGUCGUCCUCGCCUCAAAGACGUGGCGGCGGCGGCGCCUCGUUUCGCCGACGCGUCCUCUUCGGGAACGGACCUUGCUGUCGAAAAACGGUGAAAUAUCGUGGUCCUCGACGCCGUACGACAGAGCGGGACGCCCGGAAUCGCCGCGCCCGCCUUCGCUCCGGGGGCCCACGGCGUACGCAAAGUCGCACGCCCGGGACGCGGCCUCGACGUUCCGCAUGUUUGUCACGCCGGCCGUGGAAAGGAUCGUCCUGGAGAUGACCAAUCUGGAGGGCUCGCGAAAAUACGGCGACGGCUGGAAAGGGAUGGACGAGACCGACCUGCGCGCCUACAUGGGCCUGCUGAUCUUGGCGGGCGUGUACAGGUCCCGGGGCGAGGCCCUCUCCAGUCUGUGGGACGCCGAGAGCGGCAGGGCCGUUUUCCGCGCCACGAUGCCGCUCAAACGCUUUCACUCGUGGUCGAGACUGCUGCGCUUUGACGACCGCGAGACGCGAGGCGAGAGACGCGCGACCGACAAACUGGCGGCCGUGAGGGAGGUCUGGGAAGCGUGGGUGGCGCGCCUGCCGCUCCUCUACGACCCGGGCCCCGAAGUGACGGUGGACGAGCAACUGGUUCCCUUCAGAGGCCGGUGUCCUUUCAGGCAGUACAUGCCCAGCAAGCCCGCGAAAUACGGCAUCAAGUCGUGGGUGGCCUGCGACGCCAGGUCCAGCUACGCGUGGAAGAUGCAAAUCUACACCGGCAAGCCCAGCGGCGGACGACCGGAAAAGAAUCUGGGCACGAGGGUCGUGCUCGACGUGACCGAGGGCCUGACGGGGCGCAACGUCACGUGCGACAAUUUCUUCACCUCCUACGAACUCGCGCGGCUGCUCCUGCUCAGGAACAACACCGUGGUCGGCACGGUGAGAAAGAACAAGCCCGAGCUGCCGGCCGCGCUGCUCGCGUGCGGCCAGAGACCCGUCUUUUCGUCAAUGUUUGCCUUCACGCCCGACGCCACGCUCGUCUCCUACCUGCCGAAAAAGAGCGGCAAAAAAAACGUGGUCCUCCUGAGCACCAAGCACGCCGACGCCAAGCCCCUCGUCGUCCUGGACUACAACCGCAACAAGGGCGGCGUGGACAACCUCGACAAGGUCGUCGGGACCUACAGCUGCCGAAGGAUGACCGCCCGCUGGCCCCUGGUCGUCUUCCACAACAUGCUCGACGUGUCUGCCUACGACGCCUUUGUGAUAUGGCGAGAGGUCCACCCCGACUGGAUGCCCGGCAAACGCAACAAGAGGAGGGUGUUUCUCGAGCUGCUGGGAAAGGCGCUCGCCUAUCCGUUCAUGGAGAGGCGGAAGCGAGCGUGCGAAGCCUCGGCCUCCUCCUCCGAGACCUUGUCCUCCGACACCUUGUCCUCCGAGACCUUGACCGCCGCCGCCGCCGCCGUGCCGCGCGGGGUGGCCAGUAAGCGAAAGAGGUGUCAGAUCUGCCCCUGGAAGAAGGACUCUAAAACAUACACCGUGUGCAACGGGUGCAACAAGUACAUCUGCAAGGGCUGCACGCUGACAUACUGCCCGACGUGUGCCGAUGCUUAG